UCAUUCAUUAGUUUAUUCAUUAUUAAUUAUUAAUUAUUAGUGAUCAGUGAUUAUUAGUGAUGGGGAACCGGGUAUGGUAGAUAUAAAGUCUUUAUUUUACAUUGGUGUUAUCGUCAAGUGAGUAACAACUCUUUCAUCGUUCUUCCAACACCAAAACCAAACUCUGCCCGCACAAUGAGUUCUGUAAUAUCCACUACCUCCACCGUUGCAGCACCCAGUUACUUCGACAACCCAAUUAUAUACAAAUUUCAAUCUGUUGUCCACGUUGAUAGAAACUUCAUUCAAAUACCAUCAGCAUGUCACAUACAAUGGGGUCCUACUUACCCACCGUAUGUAACGUUUGAUUACAAUGGAGAAAAACAUUUUAUAAAGAUUAGAAGAGAUGGUAACAAAUUCUAUUUUGCGGAUGGAUUGAAGGACUUCAGGAGAGCGUUGGGUAUUUAUGAAGGCCUGGUGGUUCAUUUUGCUACACCCGAUAGAAAUACAAGCGUUGGGUAUUAGACAAUAUUAUAUUUGUUGUUCCACUUGAUUCAAUAUAUGGUAUAAACAUAUUUCUUAUUCACCUGUUCAA